UUUCGCUUUUACGAACUGGUGACUGUGUCUUCGACGUGUAUGUUGGGAUAGAUUAAGAGAAAUAUAUGUCUAUUAUCGUUUUAAGCUGCAUGAAUCCACCUGCAUCUUAUGCAUUAAUGAAAGUAUUAGUACUGAACACAGAGUUCGGAAGCGUACAUUUUUUUGUUUACAUGAAAUAUCUUUAUGCAGACAAAGACAAUCAUUGUUUAGGAGUUUUCUCAACUCCAGCAAAAAUGUUAAAUGGAAAGGCAAUCAAAGCCUCGAUUUGGGUCAUCUGCGCGUGGGGAAAUUAAGCGGCAAUAAUAUGCAUAUUUGUUAUCAACUUUCUACAUAUAUCCAUUAAGGGAUAUUUCACGUAAAAUGGCCCGUAUAAUUAUGCGACCGCAUUAAUUCCAAUAACUUGUAUUGCAUAUACACUUCAGUUUUGCAUUAUGCCUUGUUUUAAGAAAACGAAAGUACUGUCAAACACGUCAUUAUCACUUCUUUGCCAGAGCAGCACACUAGACUUUAUCAUUUUAUAAUAUUUAAUUUACAUGUGUCUUUUUCUUUACUGGCAUGGCGGGGAAUGGCCACUGAGCAUGCAGACCUCUUGGCGUCCUUGGCUGUAGGGCAGCCAGCGACACAGGAUGUGAAAGCUAUAACCGGGAAAGAAAGAAUUGUUCUUCUUAGAGGAAGAAUUAACGAAGAAACUGCACAGAUUGCAGUACAGGAACAAUCACUCCCAGAAUCAUUAGGUAAUAUUCCUUCAGUAGUUCCUAAAGUGGCUGCAAAUCCUUUCAACCUGCGCAAAAAGAGGAAGAUAUUACGUGAAGAAGAUUUGCCACCUAACGAUCCUAAGAUUAUGCCAACAAAGGAGAAAUUAGGCAAACUGGAAAUGAGACGGCCAGUGCGCCCUAUUGACCGUCAGAAAAUGCGGCCUUGGCUGAAAAAUUUGCUAGACACUGGAUCUGUCUUUGGUCUUAAUUGGAUGAAGCGUGAGGAAGGAAUUUUUCAGAUUUCUUGGCGCCAUGCCUCUAGGCUUGGGUGGAAUCUUGAAACUGAUGGAGACGUCUUUGAAAGAUGGGCAAGACAUACUGGGAUCUUUAAAGAUGGAGAUGACCCAGAACCAAAGCGAUGGAAGGCUAAUUUUCGCUGUGCUUUGCACAGUCUGCCUGAUGUAAAGGAACUCACCUCCCCAACCGACAGAAAAGGCCGCAAUGCAAGCAGAACCUAUCGCUUCCUGAAUCCUUCAGAGGUUCAGCCACCUGUUAAAAGAAAGCAUCGCUACACCAUUCAGAUUCCCUACUCGUAUGAGCGCAGUAGUGAUGAUAACACUUCUCAAAAUGCAGAGUCAGAUAAUCUAAACUCUGAAGAAGAGGUUGGAGAAACAGUGCACCAGAUACCUCAUUGUGACCAUGACUAUGCUGCUAGACAGGAUGAAGGUAUACCAGAAGAGACACAGACCACAUCUGCUGCCUUUCAACGCCAUGGCAGUGGCUUCGUGUUGAUCAAGUCCAAAGAUGCUCAUGAAUACGAGUUUCGGCUUACGUCAUCAUCUGCUGAAAGUACUUCUGUGACUCAGCAGACAGAUUUAAAGAAACAAUUUGGCUCGCUGAAAUCUCUUUCAGCUCAAAGAAAAACUCAAGCAACCAAGAAGAAAUCUUCAGUUGUCAAAACUAUUACAGGGGCCUCUAGAAAGGCCAAAGGAAAUGCUAAAGUUGCAAAAUCUAGGUCCCUUCAAAAUGCCCGAACCAAAGCUAGAAAGACAAUUGAGGAAAAUACUGAGGGACAAUCUAGAAGUAAGCCUUCAAAAAUUAGCCUCAAAGAACUUCUGUCAAGUCGACAAGGAACAACUUCUAGCAUUAGUGCCAAGAAAUCUCGUUCUAAACGUUCAACAAAUUCACCUACAAAAAAAAAUAAGAAAGAAAAAGAAGACAGUGAAACACUAAGGAAAAGUAAAUUAGAUGAAGAGAAAAAUAUGGAAACCCCAGUCCAGCAUCAUGGUUUGCAGGCUUGCAUGCUGCUUCUUGAGGCAGCCACACAACUGGACCGUAUGGAUUCCUUGACAACCACUGCUUCUUCUGUUCCUUCCCUCACCACAACAGCCAGUGCAACUGUCACAGCAAACAAACUGCCAGGGACAUCAGUUAAUUCUGUCCAACUUACAGAAGCUCCAUUUAAAGCAUUACACCAUUUCCUGGGGUUGUCUGCUGUAACACCAUCUUUGACCUGUACUCCAGCAAUGGCUUCACUCAUGUCUGCUGCUAGUCAUGCUUCAUCAGCUGCCACAGCUAUCCCCUUUUCACCUGCCUCUUCAGUGUUAGAUCCUUGUGCAGCUAACAAAAGUGUAAAUGCACAAAUAAACAAACAAGAUAGCAUAUACAAUAACAAAGCUCAAGACAAUGAUGGAUACAACCAGGAUAGUAGUGAUAACCUGUCAUCAACUGUUUCUACAACUCCUGGAGCAGGUUUGAGCAUGCUGAAACAGUUGUUGCGUCUGACAUGUCCAAUCUCAACCACUAAUGUAACUGCGUCUGUCCCAUCAGUUAUGACAUCUUUUCCACAAAACUCUUCAUCCCAGACAAUGUACAGUUCUAAUUUGAUUGGUAGCUGUCCUGUAGAGAAGAAAAGUGACGGUCACACAGUCUUAAAUGUUUUCGAAACAUCAGGCAAGCCUGCAUUGUCCACAGAUAGGUCACAUUAUCCCAAUUUUGAAGUGGUAGCAGAGUAUGAAGUGGGAUCUUCACCUGCAGAAACUUGGGAAGAAACAGAUGAAAAAAACUUCCCAUAUUUGCGUGUCCAUACUUCCAAAGUAUAUGUCAAGCAAGAUUCGCAUACCUCCAGUACACCAGAACUUAACAAGCAGUCGUCACCCUCUGUUGCAGCAAGUGCUGGUGCAACAUCAGUUAAAGUCAGUGUUUCGAGCUCACCUUUAGAGCAUCUAACAAGUUCUGUGGAAGUCUGUUCCAAGAAAAGUCACAAAGACACAGUGGCAGCACCACAUGUGUCAGCUUCUGACAGCAGCGUAGCAACUGUUUCAUUAACAAGUCUCAGUUCUGCAGCACAUAUAAAUCUGCCUGUUUCUUUGGGCUGCUCAUUGCCACAGGCAUUUUCUGUGAUGCUUCCAAAGGCAGCCAAUCAUACUACUCCUUCAGUAACAAGAAAUUCAAUGCAGUUGCCAGCAGUGAAAAAAGCACCCUCGUUGACUAGCCUGUCCUCUUCCUCACUGGAUCUUUCACAACUGCUGUCAUUAUGUGCAGCCAAUGGUAACGGUCAGAUUAUUUUUAAGCCUGAGGAAGCAGUUGUCAGUGUUGUUGAUGAUGAUAUUGCCAUCAACAAUACAUACAGUUUACCCAAAUCUGAUGUGCAUUCACAAGGACUUGCUGUGCCCACCAGUACUGUCCAGCAUCUCAUACUGACUGGAUGUGAGGCUGUAGAUGGUAUAAAACAAGAACUAGUGCCCUCGCAGGAGGAAAACCAGGUGUUGACAUUCAGUACUUGUGAGUUAGUGGAUACAUCUUAUAACUCCAAGUCCCAUACAAAAAUUUCAGAAGAAUCACAUUUGGAAACUUUUGAACAGAACUUCAGAAACAUUGACACUGUCACAAGUAGUCAGUCUAGUUUUUUAGUGAAUGUGGUAGAGGAAGUGGUAUCUGAUUCAUCAACAGGAGUGGUUUUAGCAGAAGAAAUUGUAGACAAUCACAUCUCCCAAAAUUAAAUCAAAUAUGAACCAGUUAUUGACUGAAAACUUUAUUAUCUAGCAUUAAAUACAUGGUAGACUAGAUAGAGACAUUGGUUGAAGACCAUGAUAUUUAACCAGAUUUCAUGUAAAAGAGUAUUGUAUCCAAUCCUCAAAUCAACAUUAAAGAAUCUUUAACUAUCGCAUGCUAAAGAUGGACUUUAAUCACGGAUUGCAAUACAUUAUUCAUAAUUGACAGUUAUGACAUUGGAAAAAAAGCUUUUCCUCUUGCCUUUAAAUUUCUUUCGGAGAAACAGAUAUUGGGUGACCUAAUUUUGCCUCAUUGCAGAUUAUGUUUGAUUCUCACUUCUUUGUAAUUCAUUAUUAAAUAUAGAUAAUUUUUUAAGUUAAUAAAUUUUGCAGGACACAUGUAGCCUGUGACUUUUUUCUUUUUAUUUAGCAUACCCAUGCUCGCAUUUUACCAGUCAAAUAACAUGCCACACAUUGUGUUUUAUAAUUUAAGAACAAAAGAAAGCAAAAAUGUCUUCCCUUCCAUAUUAGAACUCCUUUUGUAAUCAAAUCACUGUGGGCCUAUUAGGUUUAUGCUCCAGUUUUUUUCUCAGAAAAUGUCUAUAUUAAAGGGUCAGCACAGCCCUUGGGCAUACUUUAAUAUCCAGGAAAUUUUGAUUACAAAUAAGAGUUAGUAGGCUUCCCUGACUAUCAAGAUAUUGCUUAUACUGUUCUGCCUGAUAACUGUAUGAACAGAACUACUGGGAAAAAAGUGUAACUGAGUUGUGCUACUCAAAAAGCAUGCAUUUUGUAGAAGUUUAUCUUAAAAAAAUGAUCAUUGUUUGAUUUUUACCUAAAAGUGUUUUAUACUUUUUAUACAAAUUUUAGGUGUUGUUUGCGGAAUCUCAGACUAUGAAUGUGGAUGAUGGAAGGCAGAUAUAUUGUUCAUUUUUGUAAAUUGCAACCUUGUACAUAGUUUUAUUAGAAUAUCUGGUAAGUAACUAAUUGUAAAUGACUGGCAAUGCCAAUUCAAUCGUUUUGUAAACAUGAUUUUAAAACACUGUCCAUGCAUACAGGUGUGCAUUUUUCCUUUCACUCACACACAUAUUUUAUAUAGAAAUAAGCAGAGCACUCCUCAGGUAACAAGUUACAAAAAAACUUGUAAAAAAUCAGAGACUGUAGCCUGUCAGUUUAACUAGGUUAUCUUCCAAGACUUUUAAGUGUGCAGUAUUUUGCUUCCUGUCAGCUUAUCAUCAUCAGACGUGUUUCUAAGGGUACAAUCCUGACAAUAUACAUUGAAUAGUCAUUUGGAUAGAAUGCAGAUAGAUAUCAGCUGUCACACCAUGUCUCAGUAUAGACAUUUAGUGAAAAAGCCCAUCACCUUGCAUUGUGGUCAUUAUACUAUCUGUAACAGUAUGUAAAUUAUUUACGAAAAGUGCUGUUAUAAUGAGUUUUUUUUUAAAUGAAGCUUCCUAUUUUGUACCAUUUUUUGGCAUGUCUCACAGAAAGAAAAUCUAAACUACUGUUUGUUGUUUUUAAAUCUCAAAGUUUACUCUUCUUUACCAGCUCCUUCAGCAAACAUUUUAGAAAAAAUCCCAUAUGUAUCAUUAUUCUGUCUAAAAUUGUCAUAAUAAUAUUAUUGUGCAAAAGUAGACAUAUGAAGCAUGAAGUCUUUCAGUCCCUGUGCUUUUGUAGGAAUCUUGUAAACAGCAGUUACAGUAAAAUGUAAUUAUUUUCAAGGUUCUUAAAAAAAAAAGUCUGCUCAGUUACAUAGUUUUAGCAUUUUAGAUAGGCGCGCACUCAGGAACUCACUACCAAGUUAGUAGCAUUCACUGCAUUGAAGAUCUGAAUAUCAAAUUUUAAAUGUUGAAGAAAAGGCAGAGAUGAUUAUGAAAUGUCUCCCUCUUUGUCUUAAGACUGUUCUUACAAGAAACUCAGUACUUUGAUGGUGUUUUUCUCCAUAUAAUUAUGCACAUAAUGGUGUUGAAUGUUACUUAAUCCAAUUUGAAGAAUUCUGUUAGAAGUUGUACUGCCACAUUGCGUAACCUUGAAAAAAGUGAAAUGCGUGACUUUUCUUUGGUAACAUUAUUCAAACAUUAUGCACUCUUCCAUCAAAUAUUUAUGGUGUGUUGUUUUGUAGCAUAUGACUGCAUUCUUGAUGCAUAUGCAUGAUUGCUUUAUUUUGGAGCUAUGGUUGAAGCAUUUUUUUAACCUCAGAAUAUUUUCUGAAUCAAUGCGUAGUAUAGAUUUAUCUAUGGGAAAUUUUAGAUAUUUGUAGUUGUUACAUAUUAGAUAUAUGAGGCAUUUGACACUAUCACAGAGCCAAAAUAAAAUAUAUCCGCACAUGGGGAUCUAGGAAUUUGCAUUUGCUGAAAAAAAGUGAGGACAAACCAGUAUGCACAAGAUCUUUUAUUAUUCUGUUUGCUUUCGUAUAAAACUUUUUUGAAAAUCUGUUUUUACGCUUUUUGUGCAGACAGUAUCUCGGAAGCCACUUUGUUAUGAUUAGACUAGAAUUGACGCUGGCAGUUUGGGUUUUUUAAAUCUGUACUUGAGGGUUGACUAUUGUAAAUGUUUAAAUUGGGGUUAGAAAUACCUUUUUAAACCUUCCUUUAAGCAUUUAAUUUUCUUGUAGUGAAUUACUCCUCCUUUUCUCCAAAAUCAUUAUCAGGGUUCUUACGUUAACGCAAGGAUAAAGCAUCACUCAAAUGUGCAUGUCCACCUUGCAAACUGCAUGGCAUAAAUCCAUUUAUCCAUGAAUUUAAUAUUUUAUGUUGACAUUGAACAACAUCAAAUAUUUCUAAUAAUGCAACCAGGAAAAUCUGCUUGUGAUCUGAGGAAUAUUUGUUAGGCUGAUAUGAAAAUACUUCACAGUGGUUAUUGUAUUAAUAUUUUUAUCCUUGGUAAAUUUGCAGUUUUCAUUCUCACAGCUUCAGUUUAGUUGCUGAAGUUCAGAAAAAUUUUGUCAUUCUUUUGUGACUAGAGCAAACUAAAAUGCAGAAGUCAACAGAAAGUGUUGACACAGGAUGAGUUUAGUUGAACCAAUAAUGCAAGAACACUCGUUAGUGUUUAAAGUCUUAGCACAGUGUCAAAAUGACUAAACAUGUUUAAAUUCUGAGUUUUUGCAUGGAUUUGUCUUAAAUUGCAUGUUUCACUUUGUCUGAUUCUUCUUCCUGUCCCAUGCUUUUUUCUCACACACAUCUCCCUCCUCUACCUACUAUUUUUCAUGACACCUAAUUUAACUGAAUGUGCAAACUAAGGACAAAUCCUGGAUUUUUUUUUUAAGAGAAGUUUUUAUAAAAUGACCACAUUUUAUUUGUUGAAAUCACCAUCUGGUGAUAGUCCCUGAUUCACAAUUACCACCUAUUAACAAAUCAAAAAUCAGUACUAUUUUUUGCCAAGAUAAGCAGCAGAAACCUAACACAAGCCAAUACUUUGGUUCACUCUGCUACAACAUACCGGUUUCAAAAGUCCAAACCCCCAUACUAAACCCACCUCUCCAUCAAAAUAACCUUCAUAACCCUCCACUCAUUUAUGUCUACGAUUUCCAGGAAACCUUUUCUGUGACACACACGCACACAAUUAUUGGUUGUAAAUUUUCUACAUAGUUAUUGGCCAAAUUUCUGCUUUUGUACAGGUAAUGUUUCUACUUUUCUUUGAUGGUCAAAAAUUGUUAACAAGGAAUCUUAUUAUAAUUAGGAUAAGUUACAUAUUUAAGGAAAUGUGAGACGUUAAUUUGUUGUCACCCAUUUUUUCUUUUAUCUUGUACAUUGCAUUGAAACUUCAGCUUCAUUAAAAAUAGAAAAAAUGUGUGUGUGUGUGGUUUGCGUGCGCAUGUGUACAUGCUUGCUUAAGUCUGGUGCAUGUAAUUGUACGGUGGGAAGAUUUUCCUAGAAAAAGGGUAAAUUCUGAAAGAUAUUUAUUUAUUCAGAAAAACCUUCUUGGCAUUAUUAUUUUCAUCAUUUAUAUUAAUUGUUCAAUUAUGAAAUUGUAUUUUUCAUUGCAUGACUGCAACUUCUUAAUUGCUGAUAAACCUUAAGGGUUCAUUGUGAGAUCUUAAUAUUAAACUGACAAAUAACUGUCUAGACAGAUACACUGUUUUCAGGAAUAAGUCAUGAGUGUGGUAGUGUGCAUCACCUUAUGACUUGAAUAUGGUUUAUUUUAUUUUGCUUACUGCUGUAUACUUUAGUGUGCCUUUGACAUAAGACUGAAAGUGUUUUAAAAAACACAAUGAUUUUAUUUGAGCAGCACAGAAAGUAAAAAUAUAACCCCCAUAUACCAAAUUGCUUAUAUUUUUUGUUUGUUUACUUUGUGUUAUAUAAUUUCUUUGCUGCUUACAUUUUUGUUUUAGGUGACAUUAUGAACAGUGAUCAUGGGUACUUCGACCAUCACUAAUACCAUACACUUAGUGACUACUUGCCUGCCUGGGUUUUCUACAAAAUAGUUAAAUGGUUGUUUUUGCCACAUGUAGAACAUAAUGUGUACUUGCAUGUCAUACUUUCUCGCACUUAUAUGGUGAAGUGCUAUAAUUCUACAACCUGUGGGCAUUAUGAGUGUAUUAACAAUUGUUGUAUUGCUGUUAUAGUAGUAUGUGUCCCCAUACCAGUAUGAAUAGUCUCUAUUUACUGCUUUGUAUAUGCACAUAAAAAAUUAAACAAAUGGUAACAGAU